CCUAGUAAUCCUUGUAGAAUUAGUCUAUACUCUAUACAGUGGAACUUCAUUGAGACAUGUACAUUUUAUACUCUUUAAGUUAAUCAAUACUUCGCUUUACUUGACUGUCAGUAUAUAGGAAUUACCUAGCUGUAUGAUUUAACUACAUUUUUUCUCGAUAUUGAACACUGAAGAGUAACGGCAAAAUAGUCACAUUGGCGAAUUCCUUUUUUUUCUUCUGUCAACUAUUUAACUUACUGUUCAAAUUAUUGGUGAUCAAUAAAAACUGUAUUUCACCCGUGGGAUUAAAAUAGAAUCAUAUGGACGUUAUUUCAUAUAGUUGGCAAUUCAUCAGUAGUGUUUAAUAAAGGAAUACAUACAUCACACAUUUGGAAUUAAGUCUCUGUUUGGAAUAUAAAACAUAAUAUAUACAGAACUUACAGGUUGAGAAUGAUGUGUGGAUCUCUGUAGGUGACGAUGGGGAGUGGCUCUUCAUCUGAAGCUAAAGAAGUCCAGUCAGCACCACCUACCGCACGUCAGACACCCAAACAGCCCAAACGUAACCGUCAGUUCGAGGAGGUUCAGAUCGCCGCCGGGACUAGUUCCCGUGCGCGUUCCCAAGGAGCGAGCCCCAACCCGGGCAGCUCCAGUAAUCGCACACCGCGGGGCCAGGACCCAGGAGCCUCGGGCAGCACCGCAGAGAGGCGGCCGAAGGAACAGACCUCGCAGCGCGGGGCAGCUGCAAACGCUAGCAACGGCAAAAAGGACCCCCCAGAACAGACCCCUGCCUUGGAGGGUGUAAAAUUAAAGGACAAAAAACCUCAAUCUCAGGGGAGAUCAGCCAACAUGCCGGCACAGCAGAGAUCUGUUGCCCGGCAACCAUUACAAACGGUUGCCGAGGGUAACGAGCCAGCCACAUCAAAUGGAUCUGCAGCCCAUGGGCAGAUUGCAGGGGGUCUCCAUGAGCCAGCUGUGUCUGGGAAGCCUCCCCUUGCUAGGAAAGCCCCAUCAGAUUCCCAGGUUGGCUCGACCGUGAGACCCAGUGCCACCAAACAGGUUCUGGAUGAGAUAGAACAAGACCUAGCACUCCUGCGGGAGAGCGGACUGGAGAAUAUUGGCGGAAAACCAGCACAAGCUGGGGAAAGGGUCCAACAAGCUGAUCUAAAAAUUGGAGAUGAUAUUAAUAAAGGCAAAGGAAAAAUGAUCAGCAGUCAAGGUCAAAAUACCAGCCAGAAUGUUAAUGAUGAUGAGAGGAAUGCUGGCAUUGACUCUGACCUUAGUUUUGAUGAUGGUGGGGACGGAGGGACGUCUCAGGUCAAGGUUGUUGAGGGGUCGAGUAGUCAUGGGGAUGGUAGUCGGGGCAACAACACUGAUAGGAAACAGAAAAAGAAGGAAAAUAAGACGAAAGGAACUGAGGAUAAAGCGGAGGGUGUAUCCAUGAAAGAAGAUGACAUUGUGUUUGAGACGUUUUACCAUCGAAGCGGGAAGGAGUUCCAAUGUAUCUACCAGACUGGAAUGCGCUUCUACCUCGACGACUGGGGCUCCAAGGAGUGGCAGCCAUUCCCGAAGCGCUGGUACAACGAGGGUCUGCUCGUCACGAACACCAUACUCAAGGAUGACAGCCAGCAGGAGCAGGCUGGCCAAUCAGGGGAGCAGGGUGCAGGGGCGUCAAGCCAGGGUCAGAGUUCAAAGUCCCAGGGUCGCAGUCGGGGUGGAGGGGCAGAUGACCGUGAGGGAUUCCUGAUGCACCCAACAAGGGGAAGAAUACCGACAUAUAUAUUCUAUAAAAAGCACAAUGUUCACAUGUAUUUCGACAAGGAUACGGGAUCGUGGGUGCGUAUGCCUAUUGGCUGGGAGUUACAUCAUAACAUGGUCAAGAGUCUUGUGGAUCAAGUUGAGGAAGCAGUACCAACAUGGGGCGAUCGUCAGGACAUCCUGUCUCUGCUGCGGGCGUGCAACUAUGACCCCGAUGAGUGUAUAUCAAUAUACCUACAUCUACAGAAGGACCAAUGGAUGAAAGCUCCCAAGACAGCAAAGGAAGGGAAGGCGAUGGAGGAAGGUGAAAACCGGAUGGCUGAUUUGGAGGAAAAAGUCCGGAAAAUGGAAAUUGAGUUGCAGAAGGAGCGGACAACAAGGCAGGAGAUGGAGAGAAAUCUUGAGGAGCAGAUGACCAAAUACAGUGAACUUGAGGUGGAGGCCAAAGAAUGGGAGGCCCAGCUGUCUGCUGCCACAGGGGGACGCCCAAUGUCCGCCCGACCCAUCUCCCGUAUGCACAAGGCCGGCAAGGGGCCUCCACCAAAGGGAGGCAAAGGGAAGCCUGUUCCAAUGCCUCAGGUUGAGGAGACUGUGAACCCCGAUGAUGUCCUGGACCUGGACGCCAACGCCAAGGAGCUGCGGAAGUCCCACACACGACUCAAAAUGGAUGUGGAAAGAUAUAUGGGAGACCUCAAACACAUCAUGGGACAGAUUGGCCCGACCAUCAAGCAGCUGAAACUCUCGGAGAAGAGUAGCCAGGGUGAGAUAGAGGAGGUGCGGGCGCUGUACAGGAAGGAGGCCAUACAGCGCAAACUCCUGUAUAACCAGCUACAAGAGUUGCGAGGCAACAUUCGGGUGUUCUGCCGUGUACGUAAGGAUGACCGGGCUGAGAGCUGUCUCAAGUUUCCGAGUGACACGGACAUUGUUGCUAUCAACCCCCAGCAGGGCAAGAAGAUGUUCACAUUUGACCGUGUCUUUGAUCCCAAUUCAACUCAGGAACAGGUGUUUGACGACACAAAGUCUAUCAUCACGUCAUGUGCUGAUGGCUACAAUGUGUGUCUGCUCGCAUACGGGCAGACGGGCAGCGGGAAAACAUUCACAAUGAUGGGACCAGAAAAUAACCCGGGUAUCAACAUCAGGGCGAUGAAGGAGCUGUUUAAAGUGUGUGAUGAGAAAAAAGAAACAAUGAGUUUUAACCUCGUUGUGUCGCUGGUAGAGAUUUACAAUGAGACGAUCCAGGAUCUGCUUACGAGCGAGGCCAAGACCCUGGAACUGCGCACAGCGGGUAAUAAAGUGAACAUUCCCGGGCUUACUGAGUACCCGAUCAAAAACCUCAAGGACGUGCAGACGGUCAUGGGACUGGGAGACAAGAACCGAUCUGUCGCCUCAACCAAGAUGAACUCAACCAGUUCACGGUCCCACCUGGUGUUGAUGUUGGCAGUCGAGGGCAAGGACAAGGUGACUGGGGCGAUAACCCGGGGAACCCUUGUGCUGUGUGAUCUGGCAGGAUCAGAGCGCAUCUCCAAGACAGAGGCCGAAGGUCAGCGCCUUGUGGAGGCAGCCGCCAUUAACAAGUCACUGUCAGCGCUUGGCCAGGUGUUUACAGCCCUGCGUAGCUCCCAGCUCCAUGUACCGUACAGGAACUCUAAACUCACCCAAAUCCUACAGCCAUCCCUCGGUGGAGAUGCUAAGGCGUGCCUGUUUGUGAAUGUGAGCCCGGACAGCUACAACUUCAUGGAGUCCGUGAGCACGCUGCAGUUUGGAGCCAACGCCCGACAGGUCGCCCUCGGGCAGGCCAAACAGAACAUCUCCAAAGGCAAGGGAUAAUGAUCAUCACGGCUAGGUCUGGGGAUCAAUUCAUAGGGGUCAAUACAAGGGUCGAGGACAAGGUCAACGUCACCUCAAGAUGGGGAUUUUGGAAGUGGUUAUAAUAUGUGAUAAUAUUUAACAUUUUGCUUGAUUUGACGGUACGUUUAAGUAUCUACUUGUACUAGAAAGCAGAAUUUUUUAUUCAUCAUAUAGUUGUAGGAAUUUAAAAUUGAACUGCAUAUAAUAUAUAUCUUUGUCAAUUAUUUUGACCUCUAUUUUUUUCAUGACAUUUUCUUAUUUCAAGAUACAUGUAUUACAGAAUUUUUUGCAUAUGAAUGUAUUUAAGAUAACAAUUAUUAUGCCCCCCUUUUGAAAAAAGUGGGGUAUAUUGUUUUGCACAUGUCGGUCGGUCGGUCGGUCGGUCGGUCGGUCGGUCUGUCUGUCUGUCGGUCGGUCGGUCGGUCGGAAUACCAAAUGGUUUCCGAUCAAUAACUUGAGAACGCUUUGACCGAGGGACCUCAUACUUGGUAUGUGUAUUGGUCAUCACCAGCAGAUGAACCCUAUUGAUUUUGAGGUCAGUGGGUCAAAGGUCAAGGUCAGUGUGACCUUUACAUGAAAAACGGUUUCCGAUCAAUAACUUGAGAACGCUUUGACCCAGGAACCUCAUACUUGGUAGGUGUAUUGGUCAUGACCAGCAGAUGAACCCUAUUGAUUUUGAGGUCAGUGGGUCAAAGGUCAAGGUCAGUGUGACCUUAACAUGAAAAACGGUUUCCGAUCAAUAACUUGAGAACGCUUUGACCCAGGGACCUCAUACUAGGUAGGCUUAUUGGUCAUGACCAGCAGAUGAACCCUAUUGAUUUUGAGGUCAGUGGGUCAAAGGUCAAGGUCAGUGUGACCUUUACAUGAAAAACGGUUUCCGAUCAAUAACUUGAGAACGCUUUGACCCAGGAACCUCAUACUUGGUAGGUGUAUUGGUCAUGACCAGCAGAUGAACCCUAUUGAUUUUGAGGUCAAAGGUCAAGGUCAGUGUGACCUUAACAUGAAAAACGGUUUCCGAUCAAUAACUUGAGAACGCUUUGACCCAGGGACCUCAUACUAGGUAGGCUUAUUGGUCAUGACCAGCAGAUGAACCCUAUUGAUUUUGAGGUCAGUGGGUCAAAGGUCAAGGUCAGUGUGACUGUAAGCUGAAAAAAGGUUUUCUGAUUGUCCAUAUUUUAUUUUCUUAUAUAGUAGACAGUAGAAAUUUAUAUGUCACUAAAUGCAUGAGUUGAAGUAUCAGUUUUCAGUGAACAUCUAGUUUAAUUAUGCCCCCCUUCGAAGCAGAGGGGUUAUAUAAUUGCUUUGCACAUGUCGGUCGGUCUAUUGGAAGACCAAAGCUUGUCCGAGUGAUAACUCAACAAUUCCCGGACCUAUGGUCAUCAAACUUGACAUGAAGAUUAGGUAUGACCAGUAGAUGACCUGCCUCAUAUGCAUCCAAUGACAAAUCAGCUGUCAUUUCAGUCCAUGCAUAUUUCAUUCAAUUGUCCAAAUAUUUCUGGCAACUUGGCGCUCAGGGGGCAUAAUGUUUGACAAACAUCUCUUGUUUAUCAUUUGGCCAGCACCUUUCAUUGAAAUUUCAUUGUUCUGUUUUAUUUAUAUGGGUUAUUUUUUUAUAAUUUUCUGUAAAAAAAGUUUGUGCCAAGAUAUGCUGUUAUUCACUUUAUGCUUUAAAAUGUAAUGUACAAUAAAACGCAUAUGUGUUACAUUUUAGACAUUACUUAAUUCAAAGCAAAACCAGUUAACUUUAAAAAUGAUAACGGGGGCAAAAGGGAAAAGGUUUUAUCUGCGUCUUUAUUCGAUAUCAUUUAGAACCUUUUUGCUUUGUUCUUGAGCUAAAACUGAUAAUGAUUUAUAAUAAAAUACAGGUGAAAAGUAGGCAUGUACAUGAAUAAGUGGCUGGACCACUGAUAAAAAGACCUUCUGUGUUGCCAUACUUUAGAUUGCAGAAAAAUAUGUCAGUCCGAUACAGUCUGCUUAACUAUUUUUAUGUACCAUAUUAUAGGGUUAUACAGCCUUAUUUUUAAAAAAACCAUAUCAAAUGAAAAACUAAAGCCGUCCAAUCUUUGUGUAAUCGCUUAUGGUUUAAUUUAUUUGUAUAUUUUUGUGCCAAACGUCUUCAUUUAUCUUCUUAUUCCUCACAUAAGGAUCUCUUCACUAUAUUAUUUAUAAUUUCUUGUCACAGCAUGUUACUAAUUCCGAUGUCAUACACCUGUGUCCAAUAAACCGUGGUCACAUUUAUAAAGCUUACACCGUUCUGCAAGACCUCUUAAUUUUGUAAAUAUGGUGAUAGUACUUCCUUCAUCAGCUUACAACUCUGGUUGUUUAAAAUAGCUGGAACAACAUUAAGCUUGCUAUGAUUUUGCUAUAAUGUCAGAAAGUAAUAAUGUGGAUUUGCCUGUAGCGGGCAGACAGGCGUCAUCCAUUAAGUUGCAGGAGCUCUAACUCAUGGAGCUUUAUGAAACUUGGUUAAUAUGUGUAUGAGCAGACUAUGUGAGCAAAUUAAAUAACCAGCCAUGUUGCCCCAGUUAUUUUAUUGUUUUUGCCCUUGAUUUUCUGAUAUAAAAACAUAAAUAAUUUUGAUGGAUGUAUCCUGUCAGUUGAAUUCUUGAUAAUCAACAAGCUUCAAGCUAAUGUCUAUACACAUAGGUAUUUUUUUUAUGAAGACAUCUCAAUAAUGAAUAGAAGGAAUUAUUGGAAACAUUUGAAUUCUUUGGUAAUAAUGAAAGCUGAAUGCAGUCUGCUUUUAAAAAAAACAACCAGCAUAACACCAAUUAUUGUUGUCCACGGUUAUGGGCCACAUGUUUAACAUAGCUUUGCCAGUAAUGUUGCAUAUUUAUGUUGAUCUUUUGAUUUAAAAGUACAACAUUCUAUGGUAUAAUUCUGUGAUAAUCAUUGUUAUGUGAUAAUAUUUUUGUGGUAGAUUUGAAUAUAUGUAACAUGUUGUACAUUAUUUGAUAACCAAUUCAAGGAAGACUGGAACAAGCUGAUUUGUUUUAUAAUGGAACAAAUCACUUUAUCACUAUAUAAUAUGUUAAUAAAUAGACUUCAACUAUAGUUGGCAUUCUGUGACUUUUCAAUAGUUUAUACGUUGUGCAUGUUUGUCAUACUGUUAUGUUGCAAUGUUGUUAUAUGUAUAUAUAUAAUUUAAACAUAUAUUUAUAUAUACAUGAGUACCUUUAAGAUAUUAAGUAUGUCUGUGAUAGUUAGUUUAUUGCUAUACUUGUACUUAAGGGCUUGUUUUAACUAAGGGCUUGCUCUAUUCAAGAGGAUAUGUUAAAAAAAGCUAUUAUUUUACUUGUGGGUUUACAUACGCUGGGAUUUUGCUUUUUUCAUUUCCAGCUACUGUAUAUAAAAAAAUGUUGGAUGUUAUUUUUUUAAGACUUCAGUUUGUUAGUUAUAAUAUGGAAAAUACAGAAUCUGUAAGUAAAAGAAACAACGAGCAGUCUGAGGUCGUAUUCAUGAUAAUACAAAUUUGUGAACGUUUUUUUAUUUUUUUUAACAACAAAUAUUUUAAAUAACCUAUAUUUUUCAUAAAAUUAUUCGUUUGCCUUUCUUCUUUGGAUCUUUUUCUGGCUAAUUUUCAUAUAUCUAGCGUAAAAAAACAUGUUAAUUUUUCUUUAAAAUAUUUUUUUUCCACUAAGUGGACAUUUUUCACUAAGAUGCUUUAUAAAUACAGCCCCUUGAUAGAAAAACGAAGUAAGUCUCCAGUUUGUGAUGUGUAUUAAAUGUCACAGGUAGUUUUAAGCUAAUCUUUUCAUUUUAUGAAUACAUACUUUAUUUGACGUAAUUCCCAAAAAUCAUUAAAAAGUUACAACUAGACCCCUCCCUGCUUGUUGCAGUUCACAUAAUAAAAAUUAAAUGUAUGAACAUUUUAAGUGCUUUUACUUGUUUAAAAAUUAAUAUAGCUUUAAGUGUAUAGUUUGUAAUGGUAUUUUACCUGAAUUGAGAAGAAAGGUUUGUCAUUCUCAUUAUUAUUUGUGCUGCAUUAAAGUAUUUUCAAAGAAAUGCAAGGUUUAUUUUACUUAUUUUAUGUCAUUUAAGAAAUAUACUUGUAUAUAUUACCAGGAUUAUAAUGGUUGUGAAAAUGUUUAAUGAAAUUUAAACAGAAGAUUAUCAGAUUAUCAGAUUUUCUAUCAGACAGAUGGACCAGUAUAAAAACUUGCUAAACAACAUAUUAACUUCUGUGCAAGUCAUUAUAGUUUAAAUUUCUAUAUUCUGAUAGGCUGUGAUCAUGUUCGAAAACAUGGACCUAUUUUCGGAAAUGAACUAUUCUGUUGGUAAAACAGUACACAGUUCAUUGCAUUCGACAUUCCAGAGUGCGUGGAUUUCAUAAUAAUUCAAAACUUUUAAUAGUAGGUAGCACUGUUUUCCCUACACCUGAAUUUUGCAAAUUAGACUAAAUGUUGAGAGUGUAGCCAUGUUGACGACAAUAUAUGUAUUACACGUGUAGUAUAUGUAGCUGUGUAUAUGUUGGGUCUUGUUUCAUUGGGUAUAUGUUGGGUCUUGUUUCAUUGGGUAUAUGUUGGGUCUUGUUUCAUUGGGUAUAUGUUGGGUCUUGUUUCAUUGGGUAUAUGUUGGGUCUUGUUUCGUUGGGUCUUGUUUCAUUGGGUAUAUGUUGGGUCUUGUUUCAUUGGGUAUAUGUUGGGUCUUGUUUCAUUGGGUAUAUGAUGGGUCUUGUUUUAUUGGGUAUAUGAUGGGUCUUGUUUUAUUGGGUAUAUGAUGGGUCUUGUUUUAUUGGGUAUAUGAUGGGUCUUGUUUUAUUGGGUAUAUGAUGGGUCUUGUUUUAUUGGGUAUAUGAUGGGUCUUGUUUCAUUGGGUAUAUGAUGGGUCUUGUUUCAUUGGGUAUAUGAUGGGUCUUGUUUUAUUGGGUAAAUGUUGGGUCUUGUUUCAUUGGGUAUAUGUUGGGUCUUGUUUCAUUGGGUAUAUGUUGGGUCUUGUUUCAUUGGGUAUAUGAUGGGUCUUGUUUUAUUGGGUAAAUGUUAGGUAUUGUUUCAUUGGGUAUAUAUGAUGGGUCUUGUUUUAUUGUGUAUAUGUUGUCUCUUGUUUCAUUGGGUAUAUGUUAGGUUUUGUUUCAUUGUGUAUAUGAUGGGUCUUGUUUCAUUGGGUAUAUGUUGGGUCUUGUUUCAUUGGGUAUAUGUUGGGUCUUGUUUCAUUGGGUAUAUGUUGGGUCUUGUUUCAUUGGGUAUAUGAUGGGUCUUGUUUUAUUGGGUAUAUGUUGGGUCUUGUUUCAUUGGGUAUAUGUUGGGUCUUGUUUCAUUGGGUAUAUGAUGGGUCUUGUUUUAUUGGGUAUAUGUUGGGUCUUGUUUCAUUGUGUAUAUGUUGGGUCUUGUUUUAUUGGGUAUUUUAUGUUGGUCUUGUUGCGUUCCGAGGAACAAAUUUUCAAUACAUUAUUUAUUAUCUGUCCAUUUGUUAGAUGUUUGAUAGAAAGAAAUAAAAACAUAUUUUC